UAAGAUAAUAUCUAGAGGGAAAAUCACAACACUUUUAACUUUUCUUGUUUUUAAAUCCAAAGCAUGUGGAGAGAAAAUGCAAUUAGUAUAAUCAUUGCUUCCUGUGUAGGUGAUUACGUUAUUCAAGCAUGUGAAUUGAAUUCUUUACCAAAAGAUGUAUGUAAGGAAUGUGGGGGUUUGCCUAUUGUCAUUUGCACAAUAGCAAAAGCCUUGAGGAACAAGAGUCGUCCAUCUGCUUGGAAAGUUGCCCUGCAAGAAUUAAAAGCGCCUUCACCGACAAAGUUUAUAGGAUUUUUGGAGAAGGAAUACGUGAAGAUCGCCUUGAGUUACAACUAUUUAAGAAAUGAUGAGCUCAAGAAAACUUUUCUAAUUUCUAGUCUCAUGAAAAAUAAUACUUCCAUUUCAAACUUGUUCAGACAUGUUGUGGGUCUGGAUAUACUUCAAGGAGCUAACCUGAAAAUGGAAGAAGCAAGAGAUAGACUAGAUAAAUUGGUUUGCGAGCUCAAAGACUCAUGUUUGUUAUUGGAUGGUUUCACAACGGGACAAUUUGCUAUGCAUGAUGUAAUUCGAUCUGUUGCUAUAACAAUUGCAUAUACAGACUACCAUGUAUUUACGGAGAGAAAUGAUGUUGAAAAGGAAUGGAAGGACAAAGAUAAACUCAAGAAAUGCACAAAAAUCUCCUUACGUCCUAGUAGUACUAUUAUUAGUCAGCUUUGGCCUGAAGAUUUGGAUUGUCCAAAUCUUGAAUAUUUUUGUAUGACUAAUAUAUGGAACACUUCUUUCCAAGUCCCAGAAGACUUCUUCAGAGUGAUGCCGAAGCUCAAGGUUUUAAAUUUAUUUGAAAUGCAGCAAUUGCCGUUGUCACUUGAUCUUCUAACAAACCUUCAAACAUUGUGUUUAGAUCAAAGCAAAAUUGAAUAUGUUGUUAUCAUCGGAAAGCUAAAGAAACUAAAAGUUCUUAGCUUACGACAUUCAUAUAUUAAGGAGUUGCCUACAGAAAUAGGUCAAUUGACUCAGUUAAGGAUUUUAGAUUUGAGGUAUUGUUGGCAAUUGAAAUAUAUUGCACCAAAUGUGAUAUCAAAAUUAUCACGACUGGAAGAAUUGUAUAUAAAGGGAUGUCCUAUUCAGUGGAAGGUUGAAAUAGUUGAAGAGUUCAAGCACUUGGCUCAAGUGACCACUUUAACAUUAGUUAUUAAAGAUGACGUUGUUUUGCCUCAAGGCUUCUUUUCCAGAGACCUUAAAAGGUACGAAAUCUCCAUAGGACAUUCGUUGUUAGACCCACAGGAGCGUGAGUUCACACGGGUGUUGAAAUUUAAAUUUAAUUCUACCAUCUCUUUAGAAGAUUUACGGAGAAUCAAGAAUGUUGAAUUCUUAUGGUUAACUGAAUCGUUAAAUGUUGAGAAUGGUGUUUAUAAUUCUGAAAUGAGGCCACUUUUUGAAGAGCAGGUUAUCUUCCCUGAUUUAAAGGUCUUGGCAUUGACAAAUAUUAAGUGUAGAAAGAUUUGGGAUAGCCAACUUCCAACUUCCUCUUGUCAAAACUUGACAAAAUUGACCUUGAUGAGUUGUAGAAACAUAACAUAUGUGUUUCCGUCUUUUAUCGCCAAAAGUCUCUGGCAGCUCCAAGAACUAGAGAUAAGGGAUUGUAAGGUUUUAGAGGAGAUUGUUGCUAAAGAAGAAGGAGCAAAUGCAGUGGUCAGUUUUGUCUUUCCGAAUGUAACCAUUUUCAAGCUUGAAGAUCUACCACAACUUACAGUUUUCUAUCCUGGAAUACAUACUUUGAAAUUACCAAUGUUAAAAGAGUUGAUAGUGAUGAAUUGUGGUAAGUUUUCUUCAAUCAAUCUGGACUUCCAAGAGAACGAUAAGGAGGGUGAAACUCAUAUUUCAGAGCCAAAAUCUCUCUUCUUAGACAAUAAGAUCAACUCUGAUUUGGAGGAAUUGAAAUUGACAGAGAUGAAAUGGCAGAAUCGAUCUAAAACUCUUGAUAUCAACUUUGAUAAAUCAGCAAAUAUUCCAUUUGCACUCCUUGAGAGAUUUAAAAAUCUAGAAGGUCUUAAACUAUCUUGCUGUGAAUACAAAGAAAUAUUCUCAUGUGGAAAGGAUGAGAAACAGAUGCAAAUCACUCUAAGGCCAUCCUUAACUUCUUUCCAAAAUCUUAAAGUUAUGGAAGUUUACAAGUGCAAUCGGUUGAUGAAGUUAAUAACAUCUUCAACAGCUAGAAGCUUGGUGCAAUUGAGAGAAAUGAGCAUAAAAGAUUGUGAAAUGUUGAUUGAAAUAGUAGAAAAUGAGGGAGAUGCAACGAGGAGUAUUGAAAUAGUUUUUGACAAUUUGAAGAAGUUGUCACUUACAACUUUAAAAAGUCUCACUUGCUUUUGCUCUGGAAAUUACUUUUUCAAUUUCCCAUCUUUAGAAGAGUUAAUUAUAAGGAUUUGCCCCAAUAUGAAGACUUUCUCUCAAGGAAUCUUAAGUACGCCAAAGUUACACAAAGUCAAUUAUGACAGCUUGGAAAAUAUAUUUGAUUGGGAGGAAAUGACAGCUAAAUAUAACCUUCAUACAAUCACACGAGAAGCAUACAAAAAAAAGGUUCGUAUCAAAUUGUUUAAGGAUGUAUAUGCAAACACUCGAAUGGAGGAUGAAGAACACGCUGGAGCACUUUCAAAAUUAAAAGAUUUAAAGUAUAUUUGGAAACAAGACUCCCAAUUGAACUCUAGUCUUCAAAAUCUUGAUUGUCUGGAGGUGCAAUAUUGUCACAAUUUGAUGACUUUGCUGCCAUCUUCAACAUAUUUUGAAAAUCUAACAACUUUGACGGUGACCAAGUGCAAUGGAAUGCAAAACUUAAUGUCAUUUUCAAUAGCCAAAAGUAUGGUGCAAUUAAAAUACUUGUCAAUUCAAGGAUGUGAAAUGAUGAUAGAAGUAUUAGCAAACGAGGGAGAUGUAGAGAAAAGUGAAUUUGUUUUUGAGAAAUUGAAGGAGUUGUGCUUGUCGAAUUUAGAAAGUCUCACUUGUUUCUGUUCUGGGAAUUACACCUUAAAAUUUCCAAUUUUGGAAAGCUUAUUUGUGUGUAAAUGCUUUAAGAUGAAGACUUUCUUUGGAGGAGGCUUAAGCAUGCCAAGGUUAAAGACGUUGAAUGAUAAAACUUGUUCGAAGAGUGACAUUGAUACAAUUUCAACAAUCAGUUUGUCAGAACAAACAAGAAUUAGUCUAACAGAGCUCGGAAGAAGCUUAAAGUUCUCUUUGAGAUGUAAGACAUCUUCGAGUCAAAGAGACAUCGGGAAGGAUGAUGAUGAGGCGCUCGUUUCUGAUGUUGAAAUUGUUCAGCAAUGGGCUGCCAUUGAGAGGCUGCCGACUUUUGACUGGCUCAAGGCUUCUCUAUUCAAUAAGGAAGGAGAAGAGAAGGUUGUGGAUGGAGAGGGGAAGAGGGUGGUUGAUGUCACGAAGCUUGGUCCAGUUGAGAGGCGUGCUUUUAUAGAGAAGCUUAUUAAGCAUAUUGAGCAUGAUAAUCUGAAGUUGUUGGGGAAGAUUAGAGAAAGAAUUGAGCUAGUUGGUGUGGCAUUGCCAAUUAUAGAGGUGAGAUAUAAGAAUUUCAAUGUGGAAGCCAAUUGUGAGAUUGUUCAUGGAAAACCGCUCCCAACUCUAUGGGAUUCUCUUAAACUUUGGCUUUUGGUUCUCUCAAAACUUAAGGUUCAAAGUCAAAUCAAGCUAAGAUAA